AUGGCAAGUAAUGAUAACCUGCGCGAUUCUUUCGGGGAGUUUUUAAAUGCGAUCGAGGAAAUGAGCCACACAGUCAUGGUACCUCAUCUUCUUCUUGGUAUUUCAGACGAGAAUCAACUACCACCGACAACCGGAAGUUGUGUAUGUUCUACCGACUCCAAUGAUAAUUCAAUCGUCAAGCCAAGCAAGGAGUUAAACAACUCAGGUUUAUACGGAACUUAUCAUAUGCUUCUGGAUAUUAAAGAAGAGUUAACCACAGGUCGAAAAUCAUCGGCUGAGGGAUGCUUUCGCUCCCACGUUAAAGUUGUAAUGGAAAGCAUGAAACAGCUGACACGGCUUGCAAAGUCUUUAACGCAAAACUAUUGUGAAGAGGUCUGUAACGAAGAAACUCACUUGCGUUCAAACAGUGUUUCGUACAGUGCAUUUGAAGAUCUGAUGAAGGGUUCUGGA